AUAAUGCCAUCCACCAUAAUAACACCGUGUACAUGUUCCGCCUGCCAUCAUACCACGGCCACAAAAACACAACUAUUGCAUCGCGUACGUACCGAAACUGCAAAAAUGCAGUCCAGCCAGUUCAGCGGAGGUGUACAGCUGGUGCACAUCAAGGAGGAAGAGCGUGACCUUUCCCCCGAGAGCUUCGUCAAGUUCUCCAUCGAGAACAUCCUGCGCCCGGACUUCGGACGCGCCCCGCCGGGACUGCUGUCGCGCUGCAAGCCGGACCUAGAGCUAACCUUUUCUCCGCUACUGCUGACCCCGCCGCACGCCCACUCCCAUCCGCCGCUGCACCCCGCAUCCCGCAAAUUCAGUCCCUACUACAGCCACAGCACGGCGCAAUUCCUUAACAACCCCGGCCGCCAUCGGCCGCGCCGCACCGCCACGCCGCCGACGGACGCCGUGUACAGCAACUUCGGCUGGGAUCGGCAUAAUAAAUCGCGCAGCAACGAGUACACCAUUAAAGCGGAUGAUGAGCAGGAGCGGCACGGGGAGGCCGCGCAUCCCGAGAGCGGCGGAAAGGGCACGCACGUCAAGGCCGCGGCCGACUCGCGUUCCUCCCCGUCGACGGGCUCGCCGUCGUCGGUGGGCGGCAACGGCGCCAACCAGGACUGGCCGGCCUGGGUCUUCUGCACGCGCUACUCCGAUCGCCCCUCCAGCGGACCGCGGGCGCGGCGCUGCAAACGGCGCGAGCGGAAGCCGGAGGAGAAGCGGCCGCGAACGGCCUUCACGCAGGAGCAGCUGGAGCGACUGAAGCGGGAAUUCCAGGAGAACCGCUACCUCAACGAGAAGCGCCGGCAGGAGCUGGCCAAGAGUCUGCAGCUCAACGAGUCGCAGAUCAAAAUCUGGUUUCAGAACAAGCGGGCCAAACUGAAGAAGGCCAGCGGCGCGCGCAACCCGCUGCAGUUGUCGCUGUUGGCGCAGGGCCUCUACCAGCACAACGCCAACACCGACACCGACCUGGACCCCACCGGCAGCGUCCCGGUCGCCCACAGUCGCGGCUCGCAAUCCCGGUCGCCCUCGCCGGCCAACAGCAGCGGCAGCGGCGCGUCGGCAUCCUCCGAGCACCGGCCCUUCCCCCGCGGCAUUCCCUGAUCAGCCGGCUCCCUCGCUGAUGCAAGAUCGGCGUCAGCGUCGCGGCCGAUAAAGGCGAAAAUCAAUAUACUCGUCUCGCUGCUUAAUUACUCCUCGCUACUGUACCAAAACGAAUGUACUUACAGAUAUUUAUGUAUCGUUUAUUACGAUAUAUGCAUUGUCGUUAAAACGCGGCUGGUCAGUGUGUAUCUCUUACUUUUACCCUGC